AUGUUUUCAAAAUGGUUUGGAAAGAAAUGGUAUCAACGAAUUGGCGAAAAAUCUGUCUCUUCAAUUGAUAGUGCAUCAACUUCAGUUGCUGAAAACUCAUUUAAAGCUAAAUUUGUUGAUUCAAAAUUAAAUGUCGAGAUUUAUUCAUUUAUCAAUGGAUGUUUCAGAGUACGGUUUCAGUUAGAAGGUGAAGAAGAACAAUAUAAUCGAUUUGAUGUUUCGAAAUCUGAUAUUUUAAUCAAUCAACAAGUAUUAAAUACCAAAUUACAAAUCACAAAUAACAAUUUCGACGAUAAAUGCGAAUUAACAUCAAACUCUUACAAAGUCAUUAUUUAUUACAAUCCUUUCAAACUCGAAUUCUACGAUUCCGAUAAAUUAGUGUCGACAAUCAACGACGAGCAGCAAUUAUUAUUCAUUACAGGCGAAGAAACAACUGUUGGGUCAGAUAUUUCGUUCCACGGCUCAAACGUCAGAAUUUCAGGUUUAGCAGAGAGAGUUACACCGAAUAAUAUUGCAGAUGGCACAUACCAGAUGACUAAUGUCGAUGCAUACGGCUUCAAUGACAAGAAAAUCGCAUCAAUUUACGGAAAUAUUCCCUUCAUAAUUGCUCAUUCCCCAGAACUCUCAUGUGGAUUCUUUUGGGCCAACAGUUCCGAGACAUACGUCAACCUCUCUACGAAAGAUCAAUCGAGAUCUGCCAGAUUCCUUUCUGAAGGCGGUUUCGCAGAUUGUUUCAUUUUUAUUUGUAAACCAUUGAAAAUUAUCCAAAAUUAUUGUGAACUUACAGGCCAUCCCAUGAUGCCACCACUAUGGUCAUUAGGGUACCAUCAAUGCCGUUGGGGAUACAAGACACAAGCCAUUUGCGAAGAAGUCAUUUCGAACUUAGAAAAAGAGAAUUUUCCAUUCGAUUGUUUCUGGCUCGAUUUAGAUCACUUGAAAGACAGAUCUCCAUGGCAUUACAACCCUAAAACAUUCCCAAAUCCAGACCAUCUCGAGUCCCUUCUCCUCUCUAAAUCCAGACAGUUCGUAAGACUCUGUGAUUGCCAUUUACCAACUUCAGGAGAUUCACCUGAACUGAAAAAGUGUCAAGAAAAAAAUUUAUUGAUCAAAAAACGUGACAACUCCAUUUAUCACGGACUUUGUUGGCCAGGUGUCAGCUGCUGGGUAGAUUUCUUUAAUCCAGAAGCAAGAGAGUUUUGGUCUGAACGCUGCAAACAACAAGAAAACGGUUAUUUCUGGAACGACAUGAACGAACCGAGUUCUUUCGGAAUAAUGAACAAAUCAUUGCCAAAGGACUGCAGAACAGGACAGUGGACAGACAAAGAAACUCACAACGCCUACGCAACAUACCAAUCUUUCUCAACUUUCAACGGUUUGAAAAUGAGAGAUGAAAAAAGACCAUUUAGCUUAUCCAGAGCUUUCUUCAGCGGAACACAGAAAUAUGCGUUCGUUUGGACAGGUGAUAAUGGCUCUUCAAAAACACAUAUGAUGAAAUCUUUGUCAAUGAUUGCUAACGCAAAUAUUUGUGGGGUCACUUUUAUCGGUGCUGAUGUUGGCGGUUUUUCGCAUUCAAUUGAUGAUGAACAUCUUGUUGAAUGGUUCAAUGUUGCCUGCUGGACAUAUCCUUUCUUCAGGGAGCACUGCAUUUUCACGGCAAAGAACAGAGAACCAUAUCUUUCCAAAUACAAAGAUUUGUUGAAAGAAAUUGUUGAAAGAAAAUAUAAGUUUUUGCACUUUUGGUACACGGCUGCUUGGAGAGCUCAUCAAUACUCAUGUCCAAUAGUGAGACCACUCUUCAUUGACUUCCCUGAACUCGAUUUCGAACAUGACAGAUCUUAUGAAGUUUUAAUUGACUCGUUUAUUUUCUUUUCUAUCACGGAUGAUGAAAACAAUAAACAGAGAACAGUUAAAUUACCUCCUGGUUUGUGGUAUGAUAUCAAUAACAAGUGUUCCAAUGGAGAAGUCGUUGUUGAAAACGAUUUCAAAUCUAAUCCUGUAUUUUUCAGAGGUGGAAGGAUUGUUUUGAUCAUAAACAAUGUUGUUGAAUGCACAAAGAAGACAAUACAACAGCCAACAACAUUAUUCGUUUACUUGGAUGAAAAUGAUUCUGCAAAAGGUGAUGUUUACAUAGAUGAUUAUGAAACAUCUCAGUUUGAAAAUGGAAUUUGGCUCCACAAAGAGUUCAAAUUCGAAAAUUCCAAACUUAUUUGUUCUGAAUGCGAAGAUUCUCCAAAGAAUGCUACUGUUCCUGUUGUUAACAUCACAAAAGUUGUUGUAGUCAAGAGAGACACAACUGUUGAAAAAGAAGUUUCUCUCACAGCCAAUGAAAAUUGGGAAAUUUCGAUUUAA